GAGCGACGAGAAGCCGCGGUGACGAACGCGCGAGAUGACCCGCGCGCGAUAGGACCGAGGGUACGACGGUCGCGUCUGGCUCGCCCGCGGCGUCGCGCGAGCUCGAGUAACCGGCGUUCGAUGCGCGCGUGACCCGCGGACGACGAGACCGCGACGAUGAGCCACAACGGCGAGUUCGGCCGCGAGGAUGGGCGAGCGACCGCCCGGGUCGAUCCGAAGGACCUCAAGGAGUUCGUGUCGGAGAAAUACGUCGAGGUCGACACGUCCGCGGACGACUACGACGCGGUCGGGUUGACCGAGCUCGAGCUCUGCGAGCAGUACUGCCGCGCGUGCACGGUCUCGGUGCAGAGGCUGUUUCACGUCAAGAGCUUAGGGAUGGUGUGCACGCGCGCGCUGAGCACCGGGAACGAGGCGUUCCCGUUGGAUCUCGUCGAGACGCUCGCGCAGGACGACGACAGCGAAGUGAGGCAGAUCGUCGCGGAGCAGCUCGGGGUCUUCAUCGAGGCGCUGAAGACGGCGCGACGGGAGCAAGAGACCGACGUCGCGACCGGGCUGCUGUACGUAGCGUUUCUUCUCGUGGAAGACGACGCGGACGGCGUCGUGGAGGCCGCGGAGGUCGCGGUGUCGACCGUCGCGACCGUUUUAGAUCGCGAGGAAGACGUAGAGCUUCUGUUAACGCUGCUCGCGAACUUAGCCAAGGGGCAGGAGGAAGAAAUACGCGUGUCCGCGGCGAAGAUUUGCGGCGGGCUCGCGCGCGUCGUCGGCGGCGGCGUCUCGGAACAGACGCUCGCGCCGAUUCUGCGAACUAUCGCGUCGGACGAAGCGCUGCAGGCUCGGGAAGCGGCUGCGAGGGCGAUCGUGAAGGUCGCCGAGGUGAUGGACGACGCGAUCGCGGAGGACGCGUUGCUGCCGUCGUUCAAGAAGCUCGCGAAAGACGCGAUUUGGUCAGUGCGAAGGUCGUGCGCGGAAAACCUCGUGGAGCUGUCCAAGUGCUUCUCGAGAGAGACGUUCGUGAAAGUCGCUCACGACCUUUUCGAACCGUUAGCGAACGACGUGAGCUUUCAAGUGCGGACCGCCGCGCUGGAGAAGCUUGGCCCGCUCGUCGCCGAGCUCGGCGGCGAGCACACGUCUGCGGCGCUCGUCGAUCACUUUGUGAGCAUGUCGGAGAGCACGGGAGGUAACAACGGGCUGCAGUUAUCGUGCGCGUUCAACAUUCCAGGCGUGGCGUACACGAUCGGGCACGCGCGAUGGCACGAGAUAAGACCCGCGUAUAACGUCCUCGCGCACAGCGUGCAAUGGCGCGUGCGACGCUCGUUAGCGUGCUCGUUGCACGAGAUGGCGAAAAUAUUAGGGAAAGAAACGACGCAACGCGAUUUAUUACCCAUCUUCGAAGCGAUGCUGAGCGACACGGACGAGGUCGUCGUCGGGGUUAUCGAUCAUCUCGCGGAGUUCAUGAGUCAAGUUGCCCCUCACGCGCGGACCGGGCCGUUGUACUUGCUUCAGGACGUCGGAAAGGCGGAGGGAAAGAAUGUGAUUGGGAAUUGGCGCCUACGCGCGGCGUUGUCCGAGCAACUCGGUGCGUUAUCGAAAGUUCUGCCCGAAGACGCGAACGAAGACGCUCUGCUUCCUUUACUUCUACGGCUUCUUAAAGACCCCGCGUCCGCGGUCAGGGCGAAGAGCAUCGACGCUGUCGGCGGAGUCCUGCACAACACCGCGAAGGCGUCCUCGCUGCGGUGGAGAUCCGGAAAAGUUGGCGACGUCGUCGCGGAGAUAAAGCUCAUGGCGACAAACCCACGGUGGUUGGACCGUCAGGCGUACGUCCAAAUGUGCGGUGCUUUCGUCGGCGUCGUGGACGCGAACAUCAUCAAAGAAGAGUUCCUCCCGUUGAUGCUCAUGUGCGUGGACGACGCCGUUCCGAAUGUGAAGCGAGAGCUCGCAAGGUCGCUCGCUCGUCUCGACGGAGACCGAUCGUUCGCCGGGAUCCCCGACGUAUUGGACACGAUCCGCACUCUACGAAACGACCCGGACGUAGAGUCUGUCUCGAUCGCGAAGAACUACGUCGCCGAAGAACGUUCGAAUGGGGAAUACACCACCGGGCUUGGUGGCGAGUUUCAUGCGACUGGCUUGCGAUGA